AUGGCUCCGGGACUCCUAAGUGCCAACGGCACCCACAAGCACAAGGUCACCGUCAUUGGUUCCGGUAACUGGGGUUCAACGAUCUCCAAGAUCAUCGCCCAGAACACCAAGGAACACCCGGAACUCUUCGAAGAGGAUGUGCAGAUGUGGGUGUACGAGGAAGAAGUAACAUACGAAGGGCAGCCACAAAAGCUCACGACCAUCAUCAACACGCACCACGAGAACAUCAAGUACCUGCCCGGAAUCACGCUCCCGACCAACAUAAUCGCAAACCCCUCCCUCGAAGACGCCGUGACCGACUCCUCCAUCCUAAUCUUCAACCUGCCGCACCAGUUCAUCCACCGGAUCUGCUCGCAGCUCAAAGGCAAGAUCCUCCCCUUCGCCCGCGGCAUCUCCUGCAUCAAAGGCGUAAACGUGACCGACGAAGGCAUCUCUCUCUUCUCCGAGUGGAUCGGCGAAGGCCUCGGCAUCUACUGCGGCGCGCUAUCCGGCGCAAACAUCGCAUCCGAGAUCGCGGCGGAGAAAUGGUCCGAGACCACCAUUGCGUACGACCCGCCGCCAAUGGACAACUCGCGCAACCCAUCCCGCAACCCAACGCCUCGCUCCGCAACGCCGAACCGCGGCUCCCCGCGCGCCUCCGAGCUGAGCAUCACGCCGCUGGCCGAAACCCAGCACCGCGACGUGCGCGGGCGUAUCAGCAAGACCAAGCUCACGCCCGUGCCGCCGGAGUACCCGCCCCUCGACCACGACACCUUCAAGACGCUCUUCCACCGCCCCUACUUCCACGUACGCAUGGUCUCCGACGUCGCCGGCGUAUCUCUCGGCGGCGCGCUGAAGAACAUAGUUGCGUUAGCAGCCGGCUUCGUCGACGGCCGGGGGUGGGGCGACAACGCGAAGGCGGCGAUAAUGCGGGUCGGUUUGCUCGAGAUGGUGAAGUUCGGGCACGAGUUCUUUGGGGAGACGAUUUCGACCGGGACCUUCACGGAGGAAAGUGCCGGUGUGGCGGAUCUCAUUACGAGUUGUAGCGGGGGCAGGAAUUUCCGAUGCGCGAGGAAGGCUGUGGAGAAGGGGAUUUCGGUCCAGGAGGUCGAGCGGGACGAGCUGAAUGGGCAGAAGCUGCAGGGGACGAGCACGGCGGCGGAGGUUAAUUCGUUUUUGAAGAGGCGGGGGCUGGAGCAGGAGUAUCCCCUUUUCACGGCUGUUCAUGAUAUUUUGGAGGGCAGGAAUACGGUUGAUGAUAUCCCGGAUCUUGUGUCGAGGACUUAG